UUGAAUGUUGCAGAGCUGCGCGAAGCGUUCGAUGAGUUUGAUAAGGAUAAGGACGGUCUGAUCAGCUGUAAAGAUCUGGGCAACCUGAUGAGGACCAUGGGCUACAUGCCCACUGAGAUGGAACUGCUUGAACUUAGCCAGAACAUCAACAUGAACCUUGGAGGAAGUGUAGAUUUCCAGGAUUUUGUUGAUCUCAUGGCCCCGAAGCUGCUGGCAGAAACGGCUGGAAUGAUCGGACUAAAAGAGUUAAAAGAUGCAUUUAGAGAGUUUGAUAUGGAUGGUGACGGCACUAUCACCAUCGAAGAACUGAAGCAUGCAAUGCUAAAACUGCUUGGUGAAAAUACGAACAAGAAGGAAAUAGAAGCCGUGGUCCGAGAAGCAGACAACAAUGGAGACGGGACCGUUGAUUUUGAGGAGUUUGUCAGAAUGAUGUCUAAAAACUGA